GUCAUGCUGACUUGACGUUUCACAAGAUGUCAUCUAUCAAAAUGGCGUUGCUUUUGAUGUCGAUUUGAAGACGGAUGUUCGAUCAAAACAAAGCCAAGUGUAAUGACGACGAAUGUUUUUUUUGAGAGAAUUUUUCGAAGAGCUUUUGAAGUGAUGAAUAUUUGAUUCGCAAAAGAUGGCCUCCGUCAAAGUAGCCGUCAGGGUUAGGCCAUUUAACCAAAGGGAAAUGGACAUGGGGGCCCAGUUGAUAAUACAAAUGAAAGGAAAGACUACAGGAAUCCUCAAUUGCAAGGCUAAUGCAAGGGAUGAAAGUAUCAGGUACAAGGAGUUCACAUUUGAUUACUCUUAUUGGUCCCAUGAUGAAAAGUCUGAGAACUAUGCAUCCCAGGAAAGAGUGUACAAUGAUUUGGGAAAAGAAGUGGUUGACUGUGCCUUUGAAGGAUACAAUGCUUGUGUGUUUGCAUAUGGACAAACUGGUAGUGGCAAAACUUUCACUAUGAUGGGGGCUAUGGAUAAUCAAGGGCUGAUUCCAAGAAUAUGCAAAGCCCUUUUCGAUAGGAUGGCAGAUAAUUCGAAAAGAGGCACAACUCAUAGAGUACAAGUUAGCUAUUUAGAAAUUUACCAGGAACGAGUGGCUGACUUACUACGUGGUCGUGAUACAACCUCAUUAAAAGUUCGCGAGCACCCAAAGAAAGGGCCGUAUGUUCAGGGAUUGACCACGUGCCUGGUUGCUAACUACAGCCAUAUUCAAGAGUGCAUGGAGAGGGGAAAUGCGAAUAGAACGACUGCUGCGACAAAUAUGAAUGAUGUUAGUAGCAGAAGUCACGCUAUUUUUACAAUAACAUUUGUACAGGCUGGCUACUGCGAUGGAGUACCCAGUGAAACUGUCUCCAAGAUCCACUUAGUGGACUUGGCGGGCAGUGAAAGGGCAGACUCGACAGGGGCGACAGGUCAGAGAUUGAAAGAAGGUGCCCACAUAAACAAAUCGUUGGUAACAUUGGGCUCCGUAAUAUCGGCCUUAGCGGAGCUGUCCAGCGAACAGAAAGGCGAAAAGAGCGAAAAGAAAAACUUUUUUAUACCGUACAGAGACUCGGUGUUGACGUGGCUGCUCAAAGACAGUCUAGGUGGUAAUUCAAAAACUAUUAUGAUUGCUGCUAUCAGUCCGGCGGAUUGCAAUUAUGGAGAGACUUUGAGCACGUUGAGGUAUGCUAAUCGGGCUAAAAACAUAAUCAAUCAGCCUACAGUCAACGAGGAUCCAAACGUGAAAUUGAUCAGAGAACUCAGAGACGAGAUCAGCAAACUGAGAGCGCUGAUGUUCUGCGAGCAAAGGUCAGACAUGUUGGCGCAGUUACAUGAAAAAGAAGCUCGUGAAAAGGAACUAACGGAAGAAUGGGCAGGUAAAUGGCGAGAGGCUCAAGCUAUUUUAAGAGAGCAACGAGCUUUAGGAUUGAGAAAAGCAGGGCCUGGUGUAGUACUAGAUUCAGACAGACCACAUUUGGUCGCCAUAGACGACGAUCCUCUAUCUACAGGUGUUACUUUGUACCAUUUGAAGGAAGGUGAAACUACGAUAGGUACAGAAGAAGCCGAAACCAAGCAAGACAUAGAACUGAAAGGGGCGGGCAUGGAACCUAAGCAUUGCACCAUUACCUUCCAAAAUGGUGUAGCGACUUUGAUUCCACACCCGGGAGCUCAGGUGUUGCUGAACAACUGCGUUCUAGAAUCGCCUGCCCGGCUAUCGCAAGGGUGCAUAAUCUUUUUGGGAAAAGCGCAUGUUUUCAGGUUCAAUGAUCCAGCCGAAGCGGCAGAGCUAAGGAAAAGUGACAGGGCUCGUAAUUUGUCGCGUCUAAGCUUGCUGAGCUGGUCGACUCCAGAUCUGGCCAUUUCCAUGGAAAACUUGCAAUCAAAUGCGGACGAAGACAAAAUCGAUAUCGAGCUGCAGCGACAGAAUUUGGAAAAAGAAAAGGAAUUGUUCGAAAAGGAGCAGGAAGAAUUCGAGAAAAAGCAGGAAGCUUUCGAGCAGCGUCGGAAAACUUUGGAGAAAGCGCAAGCUUUGCUUGAAGUCGAGAAGAACGUAGUGAAAAAGGAACAUGCAGAGCAGACUCGUCAGUUGCAAGAAGACUGGCAAAAUCUGUCAGCUCAGCAGAGAAGAAAAGAGCAAGAGCUAGAACAGAGAGAACGAGAACUGAUUCUAAGGAGAGAAGAGCUAGAGAAAGAAAGGCAAAGGGUGUUAGGUGAAAUAGAUCUUGAAUAUGACACCAUUAAAAACCUUAAUGCUGGUGUCCUAUCAAAGUUUUCAAAAGCUUGCCAGUUGAUUACCUCCAAUAUCAAUGAAAUAACGUUUUCUUCUGCACAAGCUAAGAAGUUGUUUCAGGAUUUGGUAUCGAAAUCAGAGAAUGUAGCUUUAUCAGAACAUGAAAAUGAUAGUCUAAUAGAUAUUUUAAAUAAUGUACAAGGAUCUUCCAUUAUACAGGACUUAGUAGAAAAACAUAGGAAAGAAUUAGCUGAAUUGCAAGCAGAACUAAACAGAAGAGUACAAACUCUAUGCGAAAGACAGAGAAGUGUGGAGUUAUUAGAUAAAAAAAUUGUAGACUUAGUUGACGAGCAGAAGUCUAUGUGCCAACAGGAAAAUAAAGAGGAAGAAUUGGAAAAUUUGAAAGCAAAACUGUCCAAAAGAACAGUCGAGGAAUUGAGGAGGAUUGAAGAGAAGAAACAGGGCCUAACCCUGAACCUGAAAAGAAUAAACUCCGUCCAGAGUCCGGAUUCUUGCGAAGUGAACUACCCGAGUAGCGAUCCUCGUACAGGCACCCUGAGCAGCGAUACCUAUCACACGGCGCCCGAUAGUUGUUCGCCUGUUCCAAGCGGUGCUAAGUUGGACUAUAUUAUGAGCGAUAGCGGCGUGGAGUUGAGACCGUCCUCCAGGCCGCACGACGACAGUGAUUUGUCCAGUAACGAGGAUCGGGUUAUUGUUAGUGAUUCUCAGUCGACAAGUUCGAUAGAAAAUCGCUCUCCAGUAAGCAAAAAGAACAAGCGUAGAGAUACGGACUUGCUAAUACGACGAUUGGCACAAAGAAUAACGCAGCAAAAACAGCUUAUAGUCCGAAAUUUAGAUAAUCGGAUACCAAAGAAUCAACUGGACUCUCAAAUAGCUGUCUUGCAGGAGUUACAAAGACAAUACAUGUCUCUGAAAUACGGGUGUACCUCGUCGUUGUCUCCAGCCUCUGAACAUCCAUUGCAGGACAUAGAUAGCCCCAGUCCAAUAAGGCCUCUUCACACUGGCUCUACAUCAGCACUAUAUUCGCCACCUUUACAACUACAAAAUCAACGAUUAGCGUUGUACAAUCAAACUUUAUACAGAUCGAUGCCUUCCAUUACUACAGAUACAGACUGUGAUUCAAUAGUGUCAAUAACAAGCUACUGCAUACGAGGAGCGGGUAGCAAAACGCACUACGAAUACGAAGUCAGGCUUUGCACCUCAGAUGAUAGGUGGACUAUACUUAGGAGAUACAGUCGAUUUAGAGACCUUCAUCUCGCUAUGAAGGCGCGGUACAGAGACAAAGUGUCUUCCAUACCGUUUCCGUCGAAAACUCUGUUCGCGAACACGGAAGCGGUUAGCGCAGUCUCGCAAGAGACAGCUGGAACUGUACCUGCGCAGGCUGAUCGAAGCCUGCAAGAACCACCCGACUUGCCCGUUGGCCUACGGAGGGCCCAUCACGAAGGCCACCUUGAUUAGCUUCUCGCCCUUUUUCAGAAAGGGCGUUUUCGAAAACGGCAAGUACGGCACUUCAUGAUGCGGAUCACGCGUUAGGUAUUUAGGUUUGAUUAGGGAGGUCGAGAAUCGUAGGAGCUUUUCGAACGUUAAACGUUGCAUGGACCUUUUUUUCAACAGGAAAAUUCAUUUUUUGUGCAUUCUUUCUUCAAUCGUAAUUUGUAUGUGAUUAUUCCAGUUUUAUGCUUUUCUUGACAACUCGAUUUGCUUCAGGAAAAGCAAAGAUAAAAAGUGAUCAGAAUAAAAGCAACCACUCGCUUGAUCCUUCCAUAAAAGUGGAAUAUUCACAUACAGUUUUAGAGCUGAACUAUUUGUUCACAAGUUACGAUUGAUGAAAAACAUCACAAUAAAAUGCACAGAAAAUGCAUUUUUGACAAAAAAAUUGAUAACAUUGUUUUUUAACCUCGAUAUAAUCAAAUGAACAGGUAGUUGAAAAACGGGAUAUGCGACCUUAAUCAGGGUAGAACUAUAAUUUAAACACCAAACGACUUAAAAAAAUGGUAUUUUUGCUCUGGACAAAGGUUUUUCGGAUAAUUCUGAACAAAAAAGUUUAUUGCCUUAGAAUUAUUGUCUGACAAAAAUCUAAAAAUGUCCAUUUUCAAUGCUUAAAAACGUUCAUUUUUAAUGUUAUCAAGUGUUUAAGUCAAAGUUCAAUUCUGUUGUUUUAAUGUUCUAAAUAGCCAAUAGCUUUUUAAAGUUAAUAGUCCAGUCUUCAUCGUAUUAUUUUAAAUGUAUUGUUAUGCUAUUGCUUUGAUUAUUGCUUUUAAACGAAAUAUCGGUUGUUUAUAAUGAUAUUUGUGUAUAAACAUUAAAAUUGCAUAUUAUAUACAAAUAUCACAAUUGCAAUUGUAUUAGAUUAUAUAGAAACUCUAAUAGCAAAAUGGAUUUAAAAAAUAUACAAAAUAAUUCUAACAAAAAAACUAUCUCUAAGUCUAAUGCUUGUGAGAAAUAUCGAUUUUUCACCAUAAAGUACAACUUUUUUAUCAGUCGGACUUGAUGUUAUAUCUAGUAUUAUAACAAUUAAAAAUUUUAGGCAAUUGAAUUUAAUCGGUGAGAAUAUGGAGGAACAUUAAAUGGUGUAUAGUAAUAAUUCGGAUAUGUUCACAAACCACGGAGCGGUCGUUUAAAAUUUUCGUCGAUUUUCACCUCACGAAGGCAUAUUUUUCGUAAUGAAAACUUCCAAUUUUAGCUUGUAAAGAAUCUAGGCUCAAAUGUCUACUGAAAAUCCAAAACGGCAUUAACUUUCCUGAACUAAUUUUAAGACUGAACUAUUUAAAGGUGACUUUAUUUUUAGAUCCGCUAAUCAAAUUAGUAUUAUUUCACCAGGAAAAUAAGUCUAUAAGCUUGGUUAUACAGCUUUAAAGCGAUUAGUUUGUAGACAGUUUAUUAUUUUAACAUUAACAAUUUGAAAUGAAAAACAAAGUUUUUCUAUAACGAUGAAGUUAGUCGUAUUUUAUAUCAAACUCAAAUAGCUUCAAAACGAUUGAAGAUAGUUAUAAACUUUAUUAUAAAAGUUACUAAAAACUCCAUGGAAAAUAAAAAAAAAUGGGGGGUUUCCAUUUCAAAAUCUAAAGCGUAACGCAAUAUCUUAUUUUUUGAUCACCCUGUAUUGUAUGUCCGUCUAGAAAUCAAAAUUGCGAGCGUUUUCCCCAAAAUAUACCAGGAGAGCCUCAAAUGGGGCUGCGACCUUUUCGUUGGGUCACCCUGUAUAAGUUUUGACUAGACUAGUAUUUGUUAAGAAUACUUAAUUCUACCAGUGUUUGAUAUAUUAUUUAAUUUAGUGUUUCCGUGAAUCUCAAGUUUUUUAAACAUUUGUUACCUUGCUUCCUGUUUCUUUAGAUGUUGUAAAUAUCUCUGUGCAAUCUUUUCAUGUUCAUUGAAAUGUGUAUGUGAUAAAAUCAAAAAUCGUUUGUAAAGUGUGAUAUGUAAUUUUGAAAAAAUAUUGAACGUAGCUUAAGUGGAAUAUAUUGAAUAAGCGGUGGAAGACGUUAAAUUGUCGGUUACAAUUAGAAAAUAAAAUUGUUAUAUUUUUGUUAAUCGAGCGACUAGUAAUGUGAAUUUAAUUAUUUUAUAAUAAAGAACUUGUUGAACUUUA